AUGGCCACGGAUGCUCUGUACAGCACCCUACGCCAUUUUGCAGAUGCUACCAACGAUCUUGUCUGUUCGACGCCAGAAUUUGUCCUAAGACGACCCACAAAGAAAUUAUGCGACCGUGACCAGCAGGCGGGCUCAUCGUCCGUGGCGACGUCAACGAGUUUGAGUCACCUCCAAGAGCCCACACUGAGGCCCAAAUUGCCUAUGGAAAUACUGGAUGCCAUCUUUCUCCUGCUUCCCCAUGAUCACCUCAAGCCCCUGCUGUUUACCAAUUCCUUUAUCUCGGCUCUGGCCGCUAGACGGUUGUAUCACACCGUCCACCUCGGGAUACCGAGCACUAUCAUCCAAUUUCUGAAAGGCAUCGUGAAGAAGCCUGAGCUCGCGAGCCUGGUGCGGGUGCUAGACCUGCACAUCAACCCGUACACGCCCAUAUCCAAUUUCUAUACCCUGCUCCAUCGCGCUCUGCUCCUUACAACAGGCCUCACCUCUCUAUUUCUGGAGCUACCAAAGACACACUCCCCACUAUGGAUAUUCGACCGCUGCACAUUCAAACUGCGGCAGUUCACAACGUCGAUGUACUGCCGCCGGCCCCUGGCGUCUUUCCUUGAAGCGCAGAGCUCCAUCGUCGACCUUACGCUGCGAGGGUACCAGACCGACUCAGUGUUCUUCCUCCCGUUCAUCGACCCGCUGCCGCCGUCGAUGCAGGUGCCGAACGCGGACGCAUUUAUCCUCUCCCCGGAGGCGCUCCCGCGGCUACGGUCGUUCAACGCGGUGCAUGCGGACGCGUGCAUCGUCCAGGCGGUGGUGCAGGGCCGCCCGGUGCAGGUGGUGUCUAUCCCCCUGUUCUCAGAGAUGAGCGUCGCUGCGCUCGACGCACUGAAGAUGUCCACCGCGUCUUUGAAGAGGCUGAGUGUGAUCAGCUUUGACCCCACCGCUCCGUCGUUUUUGUUCGAAGCGCUCGCGCAAAGAUUCGAGGAGCUGGAGGCGUUGCAUCUUGUCAUGUUGAUGGCUGAGUACAGCAACGAACUUCUGGAGCAGUCAGCCAAUAUUCUGUCCAGAUUUAAAUGUCUAAAAUACAUCACUUUCAUGGCUGCCCCACCACCGAUGGUGCAGCCCGCGAACGUCGCGAACGGGAAUGUCACCCCAGCGACUGAGGAGGACGAAGGGCGCAUAGCCAAAAUGUGGCAUCGCGCCUGUCCUACUCUCCGAACCAUCAUUCUGCCCAAAGGCAAGGUGUGGUUCCAAAACUCUCCCGCGCCAUCAGCGACGGCGACAACGGCCCACGGGGUAGGAAACACAAGUACCGCCUCUGUUCAAACAGUAACAACGCCCUCUGAGACAUCUACAGAGGCAGGAGGAGGAGGAGCGAUAGCGCAGUCUGCAAGUGGCAGCGACAGCAACGCUGACGCUUCAGACGACUCCAAUGGCCCUGGGAUGGUCUACAUCGGCGACGCCCAGAGUUUCGAGCAGGAUAUGUUGGACGCGGUAGUUUCUGAAAAUGCUUACAACGGUAGUAGCAACACUAACAAUGAUGUCCAAUGGUCGCAUCUGUGA